GGCAGAGGGCCAGCUCGUCUAGCCAGCUCGAAGUGCCACGACUUCACAGGAGCAGACCAGAUUCUCCAGCGGAGUGAGGGGGGAAAAGCAAGUUAGCAGGACACAAUUAGGUGGCUUCACCCCGAACUCAUUUCAUCGUCUCUCUUCCCUCUCUCCGGUCCUCUUGAUCCCAGCCGACGCUCCUUCACCACCGGCGACUAUCUACUUCUACGAUGGAUAUCUACGACCCUCAGACUCUUGGGAUAAUGGUGUUUGGUGGCUUCAUGGUGAUCUCUGCUGUGGGGAUUGCCCUGGUUUCAACUCUCUCCAUGAAGGAGACUUCUUAUGAGGAGGCCCUAGCAAAGCAGCGAAUGGAGAUGGGCAGGAUUCAGACUGCUCGAGCCGAGAAAAAGAAGAAGGAAAAGGUAUCUGAGAAGAAGAGCCGCGGAAAGAAAAAAGAAGACAAACCGAAUGGAAAGAUCCCAGAAUCGGAAAGCAGUGAGAUGACUGCUGAUGCCAAUGAAGUUAUCGAGCCUGCUGUUGCCCCUACCACCGCGCCUGCUAUUGAAUCUGCCCCUGUUGUUGAGGUUAAGCCUACCGCAACUCAAGCCGAAACCCAACAGGCAGCACCGCCAAGUCCUCCACUUGCUGAUCCCUCACCUUCCCCUUCGCCUAAGGAAAAGAAGAAGAAGAAGAAGACUGCUAAAGUAGAGCCAGCGGUGAUUGCAGCCCCUGCACCAGCCAAGUCUUCUACAGCUCCAGCCCCUGCAAAAACUAAUAUCCCAACAAAAGCAGUUGCCCCUAUUUCUGCACCUGCUCAAUGCAAAGCUGCCCCAACUGUAACCAAGACGCUCCCUGCACCAGCUAAACCUACUCCUGCUGCAGCGAAGUCGACUGAUCCUCCAACAAAAUCUGCCCCUGCUUCAACCAAACCAACCAAAUCUGGCCCUGCUAAAUCUGACCCAGCCCCUUCCAAACCUGCUCCAGCAACUGCCAAACCUGCACCUGCCCCGACCAAAUCUUCCCCUGCAUCACCCAAAAAGGCUGCUUCAACCAAACAGGUUACAGCCCCUGCUCCUGCAUCAGCGAAACAAACUGCUUCAGUAGCUCCCGAAAAACAGGCUCCUUCCUCCGCAUCGACCAAACAGGCUCCUGCUUCGGCCAAACAGGCUCCUUCCUCCACUCCUGCAUCGACCAAACAGGCUCCUUCCUCCACCCCUGCAUCGACCAAACAGGCUCCUUCCUCCUCUCCUGCAUUGACUAAACAGGCUCCUUCCGCUGCGCCUGCAUCAACAAAGUCAGCUAAAUCAGCUCCUGCGAAGGGGUCUGCUGUCCAGGCCAAGUCUGCAGCUGCCCCAGCCAAGUCAGCACCAGCUCAAUCCAAGUCUGCCCCGGUCCUUGAAUCUGUCACCAAAGAUGUCCCUGUGAUGGCAGUGCCCCCGGUGGGAGCUAAACAAAAUGCACCCCUUGCAACAAAAGCACAAGAACCUAAAAAGAAAGGAUCCAAGAAGAACAAAGAAAACGUGCCGUCUGUGAACUCAGCAGAAGCACCGCUCUAUUUGCCCUACAAGUCUCUGGUGUCCACUCUCAGGAGCAUGGUGUUCAGUGAGGGAGAAGCUCACAAGCUCAUCGAGAUCCUCUCUGAGAAGUCCGGCAUCAUUCAGGGCCAGUGGCAGACGGCCACCCAGAAAGGCGACCCUGUGGUUAUGCUGAAGAAACAGCUGGAAGAGAGGGAGAAACAACUGGCGGCUGAACAAGAAGAUGCUGCUGCAGCGAAGAACCGUCUGAGAGAAGUCACUAAGGAAUUGAAUAAAGAGAAGUCCAAGGUGGCCAGUGUGGAGACAAGGCUCAGUUCCCAACUGAGCAAGCGAGAGCAAGAGAUCAUUGCUCUGCAAGCUCGCAUGCAGGCCAGCUACCAGGACCAUGUAUCUCAAACUCAGAGUCUCAACACCAAGAUCCACAGCCUCCAGGACCAGCUUGAGAAAGGCCCUAAUGCGCAGCUGGCUCGUCUGCAGCAGGAGAACUCCAUCCUCCGUGAUGCCCUGAACCAAGCGACCAGCCAGGCUGAGAGCAAACAAAACGCAGAGUUGGCCAAGCUUCGUCAAGAAUGUGCAAAGCUCACUAAAGAAUUGGGAGAGAAAACAGAAGGUCUUCAUGCGGAUGAACUCAUGAGGAAGGAGUUGGAGGCCAAAGUCUCUGCUGUGGAGAAGCAGCUCUCCGUCCAGCAGGCCAGCCAUUCAGACAGUGAAAAGGCUUUACAGAGAAAACUGGAGGAGGUUUGUGAGGAGCUUCGAGCGACACAGACCAAGAACAGCGGCCUCCAGGAGGCCUUGAGUAACGUCCAGCAAGAGAGCAGCCACCUCUCAGAAUAUCAGGUGUGUGUGGAAAAACUGGAGGCUGAGGCAAAGGAGCGCUCUGCUCAGGUGGAAGCUCUGAACGCCCAGCUCAAGGGGGCAGAGGAAGAAAAAAGCCAACUUGUUCAGCAGAUGGCCUCCAUCAACGCAUUGCUGGAAGCUAAUCAGAGCAAACAGGAAGACUCGCAGGCUAAUGUGGCAGAACUUGAAAAACUAAGGCUUGGCAUUCAGGACAGGGACGCCCAGUUGAGCGCCCUCCAGCAGGAUCUGAAGCAACUCCAGAUUAAACAGGAAACCUCAGAAAGAACAAUUGCUGAUCUCGAGCAACAGAAUAAGAGCGAUGAUACCAGCCUUGUUGCAUCCCUUCAAGACGAGCUCAAGGUUGUCAAAGAAGAAAUGACACAACUUAAGAGCGCACCACAGACAGAUUUCUCUGCAGAGCGUGAACAACUACAAAAAAGCUUAAGUGAAAAGGAUGGUCUGGUUACACAACUCCAAGACAAGCUGAAGGAAGCAAAUGAAAAGCUGACCAAUGAAGAAAAUGUCGUGGCAGAAAUGAAAGCUUUCCAAAGUGAAGCUAAAGAGACAUUCCAGACGCUCUUUCCACAGAUAUCCAUGGAGACAGCGCAGCCAAACUGGCUACAAGAUGUCGCACAGAAAGCUCAAGAGUCUCUCCAACAAAACCAAGAAUCUCAGUCCAGCACAGAAGUGCCGGAGUUGCUGACAAAGCUAAAAGAGGCAGAGGAGAGCCACAGCACCCUGCAGGCUGAGUGCGAACAGUACAGAUCAGUCUUGGCUGAAACGGAAGGAAUGCUGAAGCACCUACAGAAGAGUGUGGAAGAAGAAGAGCAGGUGUGGAGGUCAAAAAUGGCUGACACAGAGGAGCAGUUGAGAGCGGCUGUGGAGAAAACUCAGGCGCUCGAGGCGGAUAACCAAAAUAUCGGACAGAUGAAGGAACAGAUGAUGCUGCUAGAGGCCCAACUGGAGAAGCAAGCAGACGAGCAAAUCGCCUCUGAGCAACUGGAGCAGCUGAAGCAGCAGCUCUCAGAGACUCAGAACCAGCUGGCGUUGGCCCAGAAGGAGGCCCAGGAACACAAGGAGGAACUCUCACAGGUCAAAGAGCAGCUGGGCGAGAUCAGCAAGACCGGUCUGCAAGAACAGAAUGGCCCAACUGAGGCUCAGUCCAGUCAGGUCCAUGUGGAGUUGAAUCAGACGUCUGAGAAGCUGCACGGAGAGGCAGGUCAGAGGAUGAAGCUCUCGGAGGAGUUGGAGCAGGCCCAGACAACCAUCUCAGAACUUCAGGCUCAACUGGAUCUACUGAAAGUUUCCACAGAGUCGCCUCAAGGCGAGACAGAAGAUGUGGCUCAGCUCAAGGAGCGUCUGGAGAAAGAAAAGAAGUUGUCCAAAGACUUGGGCCAAGCAGCUACAAAGCUCCAGCAACUUCUCAAGGCCACUCAGGAGCAGCUGACCAAAGAGAGAGACACCGUGAAAACACUACAGGAGCACCUGGACGGCAAAGGUGACAUUGCAGAGUUGAAGGAGGGAACAUCUGUCUGAGAAGUCCAGCGAUACACUAAGCAAAACUGCCAAAUAUGCCUUAUGAUUACCAUAGUUAUGCAUUCCAAAACUAUUUUCCUUUUUUGUACUGUAAUAGAUUGCAUUUGCUGUAGGAACCAAGUGUUGGCAAAUCUGAACAUUUCAAAAAAAAGAUCUGCGAUCUUUACAAAAACCCACAUUCCAUCGACAAUUCUGGCUAUGUCAGACGAUAUUUAAACUCCACGACCAAAGUUCCCACAUCUCCUCUAUAGUUCAGUGUUAAAAGGGAAUUUGGUUGUGCGUCGGACGUACAUCAACCUGUGCAAUUAAUUUGUAUGUUAUUUUAUUUCAAUGUGGUUGAAUGGUGCAGAACCUCCUGGACCUGCUUCCCUUCUAUAGCUGGUCAAUAACUCAUUAAAAAUGUUUGAAUGAAUAAACUACAGUGUA